AUGAGUAGUAAUAAAAUACCUUCUGUUACAAGACAUCGCCGAUGUCGACUGAAGUUGAUCAUUCGAUUUAUUUCUGCAGUACUUAUUCCACUACUGCUCGGUGCAUUUACCAUCGUUCUUGCCAUUCAACAAGAUUAUAUUGCGCAAGAAAAUCGCAAUACUGAUUUACGUAUUGCGGCGAAAGAACAUGAACAAAACUUAAAAUUGACUAUCGAUGAACAGCGAAAUCAACAAUUGGUGAAUUUCAUCAAUUAUAUGUCUGAGUUGUUACUCGAGAAAAAUUUCUCUCUAAAUAAACAAAUAUUAAAAUCAAUCAUUCGUCCCAAAACAUUGGCUACAUUACGACAACUCGAUGAAACACGAAAAGUUUAUCUCUUACGAUUUCUUCAUGAAUCCGAACUUCUCUCGGUCAAUAAACCAACUUAUCUCAGUCUACAUACGGCGAACUUGAGUUAUAUCUAUCUUGGCACACCUGGCAUGCAUACAGAUAUGCGCAGUACAUUGUUUGCGGGAGCCUAUAUGUAUAAAUCUACGAUAGCAAGUACAUCAUUUGACUAUUCAGAUUUUCGAGAAACGGACUUCACUGGAGCGUCGUUUUUCAGUGUUAUCUUUCGCAACGCCAAUUUUGAUCUUGCUUCAUUACAAUACAGUUAUUUUGAUACACUUUCAUUAGUCAAAGACGCGGAUUUCAGUUCAGCAAACUUGACUGGUGCUAACAUCACAGAUUAUAUGAUCAGAACUGCAGGCUCAAUAUCCAGAGCUAUUCUUCCUAAUGGUACCAUAGGUCGAAAUGCCAACCUGUUCAAGAAUCGAAAUUGUGAAAAUAUACAACCAAACCAUAGUAUUCAACAGAGUAUUCCCAUACAUCAAAAGCGCUUGUGGUUAAAACAGAUAAGAUCAAUGAGGAAAUUACACUAUGAACUGACUGGAUGGUUUCGUAAUGUAGAUAAAUUGCAUAUGAAUAUCACCGAAAUCAGUGAAAAUGGUUCCAUCGUGCAUACGUAUUGUUACGGAAAAAUAGAUCCGCAAACUGAUCGAAAUCAUUCGUGUUCAAUGUACGACUGGUUGUAUCAGAGUGAUUUAUCGUCAAAUAGUACUGAUCAAUAUACUUAUGUCAGUCAAGUUUCAAUAGGAAGUCACUUAGCAUAUGAGAUUAUAAUCGAUAUCGAUUUAGGUGAACAUGGACACUGUCGAGAUGUAUAUUUUUCUGUUGAAACUAAAUAA